GUUUAGUCUUUUUCCGCUAGAGGCCGCUGCAGUACCGUGGUACGGACGAUUGUGACCUUUCAUGACAGCCGUGACCCAAAAUGGCGUCCGUGUUGCAGAAAUGUUCUGUCCUCUGCCGUUCUCUGCCCGCUAGCGCAGCGGUCAAGGCCUUCAGCCGGUCCACAGCGCCAUGUGCUAGUAGUCUCCAGACUAAGGACUUCCACAGUGGUGCAGCUGUCUAUUCUCAACAGCUUGCUACAGUUGGCGCGUCAUCCAAGUAUGGGGGUCGCUACACAGUCACCAUGAUCCCAGGGGACGGCAUCGGGCCUGAACUCAUGGCACAUGUCAAGGACGUCUUCAGGUAUGCAGGAGUACCUGUAGAUUUUGAGGAGGUACAGAUCACCUCUCAGGAGGGAGAUGAUGUGGCUAUCGAGAACGCCAUCACUGCUAUCAAACGGAACGGGGUGGCUCUCAAGGGUAACAUUGAAACACCACAUGAUAUGUCCCAGGCCUUGUUCAAAUCCAGGAACGUGGAAGUCAGAGUGAGGCUGGACCUGUUUGCCAAUGUUCUGAGGUGCAAAACCUUCCCUGGACUGCCUUCAAGACAUGGAGACAUUGACAUUGUGAUCAUAAGAGAGAACACUGAGGGAGAAUACACCAGUCUGGAACAUGAGAAUGUGCCAGGCGUUGUGGAGAGUUAUAAGAUCAUCACAGCCAAGAACUCGGAGAGGAUUGCCAGAUACGCGUUUGAGUACGCCCAGAGACAUGGCAGGAAGAAGGUGACGGCAGUACACAAGGCAAACAUCAUGAAAAUGGGAGAUGGUUUGUUCCUGGAGUGCUGCAAGAAGAUGUCAGAAGAGUUCCCCAACAUUGAGUAUGAGUCCAUGAUCAUUGACAACUGCAGCAUGCAGAUGGUGUCUCGCCCUCAGCAGUUUGACGUGAUGGUGAUGCCCAACCUGUACGGGAACAUCAUCAGUAACAUCGGGGCGGGGCUGGUGGGGGGGCCGGGGCUCGUGCCAGGGGAGAACAUCGGACAGGAGUACGCUGUCUUCGAAACAGCCACCAGGAACACAGGGAAGUCCAUUGCAGGGCAGAAUGUUGCUAACCCCACAGCCAUGUUGCUGGCUAGUGCACUUAUGCUGGAGCACCUCGGGUAGGGAGAC